AUGUACCUUCCUCUGGCAUCUGCCCCUGUUCCCCCCAUCCUAUCCCUUGUGACCCCUUAUCCCCUGCCCUGUUUCCCCCAUCCUAUCCCUUGUGACCCCUUAUCCCCUGCCCUGUUUCCCCCAUCCUCUGACCUGCUUCUCCACACCCUCUACCUGUUUCCCCCAAUCCCCUUCCCUGCUUCCCCCCCUCCGCUUCCCUGCUUCCUCCCAUCCCCUUCCCUGCUUCCCCCCCCAUCCCCUUCCCUGCUUCCCCCCCCAUCCCCUUCCCUGCUUCCCCCCCUCCCCUUCCCUGCUUCCCCUCAUCCCCUUCCCUGCUUCCCCCCAUCCCCUUCCCUGCUUCCCCCCAUCCCCUUCCCUGCUUCCCCCCAUCCCCUUCCCUGCUUCCCCCCCUCCGCUUCCCUGCUUCCCCCCAUCCCCUUCCCUGCUUCCCCCCAUCCCCUUCCCUGCUUCCCCCCAUCCCUUCCCUGCUUCCCCCCAUCCCUUUCCCUGCUUUCCCCGAUCCCCUUCCCUGCUUCCCCCCAUCCCCUUCCCUGCUUCCCCCCAUCCCCUUCCCUGCUUCCCCCCAUCCCCUUCCCUGCUUCCCCCAUCCCCUUCCCUGCUUCCCCCCAUCCCCCUCCCUGCUUCCCCCCAUCCCCUUCCCUGCUUCCCCCCAUCCCCUUCCCUGCUUCCCCCCCUCCGCUUCCCUGCUUCCUCCCAUCCCCUUCCCUGCUUCCCCCCCCAUCCCCUUCCCUGCUUCCCCCCCCAUCCCCUUCCCUGCUUCCCCCCCUCCCCUUCCCUGCUUCCCCUCAUCCCCUUCCCUGCUUCCCCCCAUCCCCUUCCCUGCUUCCCCCCAUCCCCUUCCCUGCUUCCCCCCCUCCGCUUCCCUGCUUCCCCCCAUCCCCUUCCCUGCUUCCCCCCAUCCCCUUCCCUGCUUCCCCCCAUCCCUUCCCUGCUUCCCCCCAUCCCUUUCCCUGCUUCCCCCGAUCCCCUUCCCUGCUUCCCCCCAUCCCCUUCCCUGCUUCCCCCCAUCCCCUUCCCUGCUUCCCCCCAUCCCCUUCCCUGCUUCCCCCAUCCCCUUCCCUGCUUCCCCCCAUCCCCCUCCCUGCUUCCCCCCAUCCCCUUCCCUGCUUCCCCCCAUCCCCUUCCCUGCUUCCCCCCAUCCCCUUCCCUGCUUCCCCCCAUCCCCUUCCCUGCUUCCCCCCAUCCCCCACCCAGAAUCCCCCCAUCCCCUUCCCUGCUUCCCCCCCUCCGCUUCCCUGGUUCCCCUCAUCCCCUUCCCUGCUUCCCCCCAUCCCCUUCCCUGCUUCCCCCCAUCCCCUUCCCUGCUUCCCCCCCUCCGCUUCCCUGCUUCCCCCCAUCCCCUUCCCUGCUUCCCCCAUCCCCUUCCCUGCUUCCCCCCAUCCCCUUCCCUGCUUCCCCCCAUCCCCCACCCAGAAUCCCCCCAUCCCCUUUCCCUGCUUCCCCCCCUCCGCUUCCCUGCUUCCCCCCCCAUCCCCUUCCCUGCUUCCCCCCCCAUCCCCUUCCCUGCUUCCCCCCCUCCCCUUCCCUGCUUCCCCUCAUCCCCUUCCCUGCUUCCCCCCAUCCCCUUCCCUGCUUCCCCCCAUCCCCUUCCCUGCUUCCCCCCAUCCCCUUCCCUGCUUCCCCCCCUCCGCUUCCCUGCUUCCCCCCAUCCCCUUCCCUGCUUCCCCCCAUCCCCUUCCCUGCUUCCCCCCAUCCCUUCCCUGCUUCCCCCCAUCCCUUUCCCUGCUUCCCCCGAUCCCCUUCCCUGCUUCCCCCCAUCCCCUUCCCUGCUUCCCCCCAUCCCCUUCCCUGCUUCCCCCCAUCCCCUUCCCUGCUUCCCCCAUCCCCUUCCCUGCUUCCCCCCAUCCCCCUCCCUGCUUCCCCCCAUCCCCUUCCCUGCUUCCCCCCAUCCCUUCCCUGCUUCCCCCCAUCCCUUUCCCUGCUUCCCCCGAUCCCCUUCCCUGCUUCCCCCCAUCCCCUUCCCUGCUUCCCCCCAUCCCCUUCCCUGCUUCCCCCCAUCCCCUUCCCUGCUUCCCCCCAUCCCCCACCCAGAAUCCCCCCAUCCCCUUCCCUGCUUCCCCCCAUCCCCUUCCCUGCUUCCCCCCAUCCCCUUCCCUGCUUCCCCCCAUCCCCUUCCCUGCUUCCCCCCAUCCCCCACCCAGAAUCCCCCCAUCCCCUUCCCUGCUUCCCCCCCUCCGCUUCCCUGCUUCCCCUCAUCCCCUUCCCUGCUUCCCCCCAUCCCCUUCCCUGCUUCCGCCCAUCCCCUUCCCUGCUUCCCCCCAUCCCCUUCCCUGCUUCCCCCCAUCCCCUUCCCUGCUUCCGCCCAUCCCCUUCCCUGCUUCCCCCCAUCCCCUUCCCUGCUUCCCCCCAUCCCCUUCCCUGCUUCCCCCCAUCCCCUUCCCUGCUUUCCCCCAUCCCCCUCCCUGCUUACCCCCAUCCCCUUCCCUGCUUACCCCCAUCCCCUUCCCUGCUUCCCCCCCUCCCCUUCCCUGCUUCCCCCCAUCCCCUUUCCUGCUUCCCCCCAUCCCUUCCCUGCUUCCCCCCAUCCCUUUCCCUGCUUCCCCCCAUCCCUUUCCCUGCUUCCCCCCAUCCCCUUCCCUGCUUCCCCCCAUCCCCUUCCCUGCUUCCCCCCCUCCGCUUCCCUGCUUCCCCCCAUCCCCUUCCCUGCUUCCCCCCAUCCCUUUCCCUGCUUCCCCCCAUCCCCUUCCCUGCUUCCCCCCAUCCCCUUCCCUGCUUCCCCCCCUCCGCUUCCCUGCUUCCCCCGAUCCCCUUCCCUGCUUCCCCCCAUCCCCUUCCCUGCUUCCCCCCAUCCCCUUCCCUGCUUCCCCCCAUCCCCUUCCCUGCUUCCCCCAUCCCCUUCCCUGCUUCCCCCCAUCCCCCUCCCUGCUUCCCCCCAUCCCCUUCCCUGCUUCUCCCCAUCCCCUUCCCUGCUUCCCCCCAUCCCCUUCCCUGCUUCCCCCCAUCCCCCUCCCUGCUUCCCCCCAUCCCCUCCCUGCUUCCCCCCCAUUCCCCUCCCUGCUUUCCCUCUCCCUCCUCCCUGCUUUCCCUCUCCCUCCUCCCUGCUUCCCCCCUCCAUCCCCAAUGCUUCCCCCAUGCCCCUCCUCUCCCUCGAUCUUGCCAUCUUUCCUGUCCCUCCCCAUGUGCCUCUCCAAUCCCUCCCCUUGUACCUAUCCUCUCCCUCCCCAUGUACAAUCGCAAAGAGGAGGGGGGACGCACGCGCAACAGGGGGGCAGCGCAGCAAACUUGUGUGCAAUCUCACAGGUGCUGGAGAGCGGCGCCCAGGUGCUGAGCGACCGGGGAAUCUGCUGCAUUGAUGAUUUUGAAAACAUGUCCAGUAAUGCCUCGUUCAGCAUAUUGCCAGCAGCAUGCUGCAACAUAACCCCCACUCUUUUCAUACUCCCCACUACUCUCAUACCCCCCACUCCUUUCAUACUCCCCACUCCUCUCAUACCCCCACUCAUUCCAUACCAUCCACUCCCCCCACUCCUCUCAUACUCCCCAUUCCUCUCAUACCCCGCACUCCCCUCGUACACCCAACUCCUCUCAUACCCCACAGUCCCCUCAUACCCCCUGCUCCUCUCAUAUCCCUACACCCUCGUUCCAAACUUCCCACUCCUUUCAUAUCACCCACUCCUCUCAUACCCACCGCUAAUGUGA